AUGAUGCAACCACGCAUGCUCUCGAAGGAGGAGGAGGGCGUCGGCGGUAACGAGGAGAAUGAGGUCCGUCGCGAGGACCAGGAGAAGAUCAAUCGGUUCAGCCGACUACACCAGCGCCAAUCCACACUGGAGGACCAGCUCAAGGCCAAGCAGAAAGACAAAGAAGACCUGGAGGAAGUCUCCAUGGAACUCGAACUUGCCGAUGAGGAUGACCUCGUUCCCUACAAAAUUGGUGACUCCUUCUUCCAACUUCCCCUCUCAGAUGCCCAGUCUAUGCUCUCCACAUCCACAGAGCAGAUCGACGCGGACGUGUCGAAGCUGGAGGAGUCGCUUGAUGAGCUGCGCGAGGAAUUGCAACAGCUGAAGGUUGCUUUGUACGCUCGCUUCGGACGUAGCAUUAACUUGGAGACCUAG